UUACUAAAAUUAUUUAAUUCACUUCUAAAUAUACACAAGUCUAGCACAAGUCACUACAUUGAAAUCUUUAACAAAUUAUAUUAUAUUCAAUUGUGCUACAAAUGAAAACAAGUGAUUGUCAAAAUUGUAAAUAAUGACCAAAAUUUUAAUAUUUCUGGUUGCAAUACAAGGAAUCCUUGGUGGGGUUAUAAUUCGCGAUGAAUAUAUUGAUAGAUUGAUUUUCAACUCUGAUAGUGUUGAAGAUACAGAAUCGAAUGAGGAUAAUGAAAGCUAUAACUUUUCCUACGAAAAUGGAAUGUGGACGUGUGGAAAUUGUGACGUCAUUGAUGAAACAAAAAUGAUAUACUCCGAUGCACUGGAUGUUGAUACUAACAUCACUGAAGGUCAAGGUGUCAACCUUGGGUUUCAGAUGGCGUUAGCAUUAGAUGAUAUGGAGUGUGUAGCAGUAACGGCAGCAGUUAGCAAUAUGGUGAGAAGAAUAUCUGGCAGUUGUGUAGGACCGACCAUUACCAUAGACGUGUAUCAAGCUAGGCGAGUCAAAGUCAAUGUUUAUGGAAAGUAAACACACAUACAUAGAACCCACGCCCGUAAUCCCUAAUGGGGUGACCAGUUAAGAAGGUAAGAAGAAGUGAAAUGUUGUAAUGCCACAAGUUAAAAAAAGUAAAUAUAGAAUAAAUA